AAGUGUACGUGAGUUAUUUUAGGUGAGGUCUAGUUAAAGAUAGCAGUUUGUGUGGGCUGCUGUAGCCUUUAGUGUUGUCAAAGUGUCUGCAUAGCCUCAACAAGACCUGCUUGGCUCCACAACUGCGUGUCGACCGGUGAAGACAACAUCGUGUCCAGAGCUCCUGCUGCAUCUCACGCCGAGGAAACAGCGGGAUAAAGGUGACCGGGCAGUUAACCUAAAAAGUUUUGCGGCGGAUACCGGGAGGAGCCUUUUUCCAAAAUGCCAGUGGCAACAGCCAGCUCUGACUCUGCCAUGCAUCAGGUCCUGGACACACUGAGCGACAGCACCAGCUCCACAACUGCCAAUGACCUUGACCUCAUCUUCCUUAAAGGCAUCAUGGAGAGCCCAGUGGCCCAUGAGCGCUUUGAGGAGCCCAAGCUAGAGGCUGUGAGAGAGAACAACGUGGAGCUGGUCCAGGACAUCCUCAAGGAACUCGACCCGCUCACACAAAGGAGCCAGGUAGCCGAUGAGUUGGUCCGCAUCCUGAGGGAGCCCCACUUCCAGUCCCUCAUGGAGACCCAUGAUUCGGUGGCGUCCAAAAGCUAUGAGACCCCUCCUCCGAGCCCCUGUUCCUUCAUGGAUGCUGCCCUCAACAACCAGCCGGUGCCACCUGAUGCAGUGAGGAUGGUGGGCAUCCGUAAAGUGUCUGGAGAGCACCUGGGAGUAACAUUUCGUGUGGAGAGCGGCGAGCUGGUGAUCGCCAGAAUCCUCCAUGGCGGCAUGAUCGACCAGCAGGGUCUGCUGCACGUUGGUGACAUCAUCAAGGAGGUGAAUGGCAAGGAGGUGGGCAAUGACCCCAAAGUGCUGCAGGAGAUGCUGAAGGAGGCCAGCGGCAGCGUCGUGCUGAAGAUCUUGCCCAGCUACCAGGAGCCACACACACCACGGCAGGCCUUUGUGAAGUGUCACUUUGACUAUGACCCCUCCCAUGACAACCUGAUUCCCUGCAAGGAAGCCGGGCUGAGCUUCAGCAGUGGAGACAUUCUGCAGAUCUUCAACCAGGAGGACCUCAACUGGUGGCAGGCCUGUCACCUAGAAGGAGGCAGCGCAGGCCUUAUUCCAAGCCAGCUCCUGGAGGAGAAGAGGAAAGCUUUUGUGAAGAGGGAUCUGGAGCUUGCGACUGCAGGUCCUCUGUGCGCUGGGAUGGGCGGCAAGAAGAAAAAAAAGAUGAUGUAUCUGACCACCAAAAAUGCAGAAUUUGAUCGCCAUGAGUUACGGAUCUAUGAGGAGGUGGCCAAGGUCCCGCCCUUCAGGAGGAAGACACUUGUUCUGAUUGGUGCGCAGGGGGUCGGCCGUCGCAGUCUGAAGAACAAGCUGUUGGUGUCCGACCCCCAGCGGUACGGGACCACCAUCCCCUUCACAUCUAGAAAACCGAAGGUGGAUGAGAGGGAUGGGCAGAUGUACUCGUUCAUGACCCGUAACGAAAUGGAGUGUGACAUCAAAAAUGGGCGUUUCCUGGAGCACGGCGAGUACGAUGGGAACCUGUAUGGCACCAAGAUCAACUCCAUCCACGAGGUGAUAGAAACAGGGAAGAUUUGCAUCCUGGACGUCAACCCACAGGCUCUCAAAAUCUUGCGGACGUCCGAGUUCCUGCCCUACGUAGUGUUCAUCGAGGCCCCGGAUUUUGAGGUUCUCAAAGCCAUGAAUAGGUCAGCAAUUGAAUCGGGAGUUGUCACAAAACAGUUAACGGACUCUGAGCUGAAGAGGACGGUGGACGAGAGCGAGCGGAUCCAGAGGGCCUACGGACAUUAUUUUGACCUCUGCAUCAUCAACGACGGCCUGGAGGCGGCCUUCCGAAGCCUACGGGUGGCGCUAGAGAAACUGACGACAGAGCAGCAGUGGGUGCCUGUCAGCUGGGUCUUUUAAAAGUCACCGAGAGCUCAGCAGGAAAAGGCCAGGAGCUCGAGGUCAAAGGUCGGAGGACGAUUUGGUGGAGUUGACGCAGCUGAAGAGGGGCUGCGUCCUUGCAUUUGUAAAUGGUGAAGGGACAAGCGUCACGACUUAGUGCAAACGACCAGCCGCAUGUAGAGCUUUUUUUGUACAAAUUUAGAAUUCCUCUAUUGACCCUAAUGUCAAGUUGUAUUUUAUUUGUAUGAAUCGGGAUAAUUCUAUUGAUAUUUGUUGAGAAGGAUUUAGAGUUGAUUAUGAGGUAUAGUGCAAUAGUGUGAGUGAGUGUGUGUGUGUUAUCAUUAACGUGGAUUUAGGCUUACAGUAUAUGUUUUGCAGAUACAGUACAGUGCUCUGUUGAAGGUCUUUGUUGAAGGAAAUUGUUGAACUUUUUAGCCUUCCCAAAUAUUAAAUACUUUAUGUAGUGUAAUGUUUACAUUGGAUUGGUAGUUUAAGGACAGAUUGGUUAAGGAAAGUUACCAAAUGUCAUAUUUGUAUUGAAUUCAAUAUAUUUUGCCAUUUGAUCGAAUGGUAUGAUUGUAUAUGUUUUGAAAAUGUGCUUUUUCUUGUAUGUAUCCAUUGAUCACAAAAAUGAGCAGCAAUAGAUAAUUGAAAACAAUACAUGCACAUGCAAUACAACUACACACAUACACACACAAACACAAAGAUGUGCGCAAAAAAUGGAAUACACACAUAUACUUAACCGGGAUAAAUGGAAAACGCCCCUUUGUUGAGUUAAUUUCACUGCAUAUUUUGUCUCAUUUUGAGAACGGUAUUUAUUAUUCAUUGUUGUCAUAUCCUGUAUUCUCUGGUCUAUUUGGCAACAUUUCUGGUAAGUCUGAAAAUGCUGUUUGAUAGCCAGAGGAUCAAAUGAGUGGAUCACAGUGUCUGGCUACUGUUGAUAUUUUGUCAUAUUAGUAGCACAGACACUGCUUAAAGAGAAGAACUGCUGAGCCCAUGGAAAACAAUUCAAAGAAAAGUAGCCAACGAGAUGCACGUACUGUAUAAUGAAGGCUGACAGUGCUCCUUAACAGCAUAACACAAGUUUGUGUUUUACAAGUCACUGUAACAUGAAAUAUGUUACCCUUCAACACUGUAGAAUGGACAAAUGAUGGAAAUAGUCACAUUUUUUGUUAUUUUUGAUGUAUAAAUAGUAAAAUAUUUAGUAGUGGCUUCUAAUUCAUAAUUACGUUUGCCUUAACAUGGUUUAAUAGCCAAGGAGACACUAUAUUUUUUCAUCAUGGAACAUUUCACUACUAUCACUGUACAUGUUCCUUAUUAAAAAAAUAAAAAGAAAAAGAAUACUGACAAUUGAUUUGGAUAUUUAUUUUAUUUUCUCUCAAACCUGUAAAUAUUGUAUUGUAACAAAGAGUAUACUAUAACAUAGAGAAACACUUGGUGCUUUGAUGAUUCUGCCAGUGUGUAGAUGUAGUUGAUCAACUACAGAGCACUGUAAUUUUGAUGUUCAUAUAAAAAUGUAUUAAAAAAGAAAAUGUUUAGAA